CUAUGAAACGCCCUUCGAUAAUCUAGGGUUAGAUUGAACUUUGGUUUCUGUCAAAUUAUUUUGCCAGACAAUGUUAGCAUGAUCACACCCAGAGGACUGACAAGCAUCUGAAGACUGAGUAAAAAUUACAUCGGGACACACGCUAACGGAAUAUUUACAGGACUUUAGCAAAUACACAGCAGAUGGCCAGGACAGCACUUGUUGUGGGACCUACAUAAAGAGGAACACCAACCCUGAACCUCCUAAUGAGUAAUGAACCUAAACCCUUUCUGGAGCAUGUCUGCCAAUACAAGUCGUAAGAGACCUGACAAUGAGGAACAGAGUGGACACGGGGAGCAGAGAGCCAGCCCAGCCCGGCUGUCCUUUGGCAAAAAGCAGCUCCCACCCAUUCCUAGGAAUGUAGCCCCCAUUACUAAGACGGCAUCAAUGGGCACUCCAGCCCAGACAGCCAAUGGCACACAUGCCUCCUAUGGCCCCUUUUACUUGGAGUACUCCCUGCUGGCUGAGUUCACCCUAGUGAUAAAGCAGAAACUCCCUGGAAUUUAUGUCCAGCCGUCCUACAAGUCAGCACUAAUGUGGUUUGGGGUCAUAUUCAUCAGGCAUGGCUUGUACCAGGAUGGGGUCUUCAAAUUUACUGUGUAUAUUCCUGAUAACUAUCCAGAUGGAGGAUGUCCUAAAUUAAUAUUUGACAUCCCAGUGUUCCACCCGCUUGUUGACCCCGUCUCUGGAGAGCUUGAUGUCAGAAGAGUUUUCACCAAAUGGAGACGGAAUCACAACCACAUAUGGCAAGUUCUGAUGUAUGCACGUACAGUUUUCUAUAAGAUCAGUACCACGGAGCCACUCAACCCAGAGGCUGCUGUGCUAUAUGAAAAGGAUGUUCAGUUGUUCAAAAGCAAAGUGGUGGAUAGUGUGAAGUUAUGCAACAGCCAUCUUUUUGACCAGCCCAAGAUAGAUGAUCCGUAUGCAAUAAGCUUUUCUCCAUGGAACCCAUCUGUUCAUGAUGAAGCAAAAGAACGAAUGUUCACAAACAAAAGACGGCCUGAGGAUCACCACAAGGGAGCGCAGGUGUCAGGGUUGUCUUGGGUAAAGCCUGGAUCAACACAGCCCUUCAGCAAAGAUGACAGUCCUCCCCAGAGCUGAAGGUGCAGUGUCGCUGCAGCGGCCACUGGAGGGAAACAAGCAUCAGAUGCCACACCACUGGCUUGGUUCAGCUGUUGAUGUGAACUGGAUCCUGGACACAGCUGGGAGAACUUUGUUAAAUCUUCACAUUAUUGCUCAGCUUUAAAAGCUUUGUAAGCAUUUUCUCAAACAGCUUUAGAAUAAGGAAAUGGAGUCUGUAUCAUAUAAAUUGACAAUGACAAACGGAUGUCAACAACAACAUUUAGGCUGUUCUACAAUCAGUUUUCUCAUUUAGAUUUUUGGAUCCAUACACAUGUUGGGCUAGGUGAUAAUGUACUGUCCUAAAAGGAGCUGAAAAGUAUAGAGAACCACGUGGAAUGUACCACAUAUUGAAAUUGGCUCAGGACUGUGCAUUUGUUAUGUUUGAAAUAUUGUCAGUCACACUGUACAUGUGUGAAUGAAGCAGAAUUGCUACCCCUCCCAUCAAUAGGUUUUGCUUAUUGGACUGUUUUUUUUUUUUUAUAUAUGUGAUGGAAAUUAGUCUUACACAGUACUAAAAUAAGCAGAGCAGCUAAGUACAGCUUUAACUGAUUAAGAUUUUAUUUUUUAUCUUUGUUUUAAGUAUCAAUUGUUCAUUAAAGGUUUGUAAAUAAUGCUGUACUAAGGUCUGGCUUUAGGAGAGGAGUCUGAUUCUAUGCUUGGAGUUUAGGUUUGGCUUGCUUUCUUUACAGAUCUUCACAAAUUAAACUUACGCAGGAUCCCUACUUUAGGUGUGGAAGGUCAAAUGUAUUUAGAUAAGGCUAAGUUGCUAACUAGUGUGUGAGGAGCACAAAAGGGAGUUGUCACUAAAAAUUUCGUCAUGUUGUCUGAGGUCUUCACUGGCUUAGUUUGAUAGUACAUUUGACCAGCCACUUUCAAUAUGCAAAUGUUAAGGAUGAGGAAGAGGAUACGGUUUUUAAUGUGUGAACCCCAGUAGAAAUAACUGUAGGAAUAGUAAAUAUGAUGCUGACAAUUGCACUGUGGAAAGCAAGGAAACCCCAGUGUGCUUUACAUACUGGGGUUUUGGCUGUUGCUGUCUUCAAAUGCAAGUUUUA